AUGGGGAAACGUUUUGGUUUUGUUAGAUUUUCGGGCAAUGUUAACAUUGAUCAUAUGAUUAAGAAUCUUUGUGAAGUGUGGUUCGGGUAUCACAAGUUGUUUGCUUCUGUCCCUCAUAUUCAUAAGAAAGAAUUUAAUUUCCAUAAGGAACCACCUAAGGUGGAGAAGAAACGGGAGAAUUUUUCUGUUUCAUAUGCAAAUGUAGUAAGAGGUGGUCAUAGUCUUCCCCUACGUGAUUGGAGUAAGGAUUCUUUUAGACAUAUUUUGGCCAAAUGGGGCUCAAUUGCUCAUCUUGAUGAUAACAUUAGAGAAGACGUGUAUAAAUCAUGUGUAUGUAUUAUCACCUCGUUUCUUGGUAUAAUUUCUAUAGUGAUUAAAGUUAGUAUUAAUGGGGAAAUAUUCCCCAUUCAUAUCAAAGAAGCUCCCGGUUGGAAUCCAACAUUCGUAUGUGAGUUCAACAAUAUUGCUAAUGAUAGUGUUGAUGCUAUUAACCGAUUUGAACAAGAACAAGAUGGUAGCAAUGAUUCAUUAAUUGAUAAGGAAGAUGUCUCACUUGAUCCUUUUGGUAUUUAUGAUGUAAUGAAAAAAAAUGGAUAA